AUGUUUUCCAUGUCACGCUAUAUGUUAAAUCAAGUGGACGUCAAAUUAAAGUUCUACAGAAGUUCGCCAGAGUUUUGUUUAAUUAGUGAUGAAGCAUCACCAGCCUUCAAAAUAGAGAUAGAGGACAUUUAUAUUUUAGCCAAGAAAAUACGCGUGAAUCCUGCUGUCAUUUACGGUCAUGCAGAAAUUCUAAAAACACAGAAUGCAAAAUACCCGUUCAACAGAGUAGAAUGUCGUACUCAAAGCAUACCUAGCGGAAGCUCUAGUUUCAACUAUGAGAACAUGUUCCCAGGUCAAAGACCUAAUAAGGUCGUUGUAGGCUUUGUAAAUUCAAAAGCUCUGUCUGGUGACUAUAAACAGAAUCCUUUUAACUUUCUAAACUGUAACAUUCGAAGCAUAUGUCUAUACUGUGACGGUUUACCAGUUAAUGGAGCUCCUCUGAAACUUGACUUCAACUCAACCACUGGCGUGACGGAUGUGCGGGCCUAUGUAAACGCAUUUACAUCUACGGGGAAAUGGAGAGAGGAUGAGGGCAAUAUGUUGACAAGAGAAGGAUUUAGCUCUGGUGUAACACUAUUCGUUUUUCAGUUGGAACCAAACUUCUCUCAUCACGGGGAGUAUUUGACACUAGCAAAGACUGGUACUGUGAAAUUGGAUGUUCAAUUUGCUAGCCCCCUUUCAGGUGAGAAAAUUAUCAAAAACAUUAUUUAUCCACAUUGA